UUUCAUUUCAGUGAUUUCAUCGCUACAAUUUCUUUCUCACACUCUCUGUGAUGCUGUAGAAGCAAAAAUGGGUAGAAAAUCGGUCUUACAAAAGGGUAAGGAUAAAGUCACCGACGGCAAAGCCUCGUCGUCGGCCGGAAAACGAAAGCGUGACUCCGGCGACGACUACGAUGACGAUAAAACCGAUGGCCGGAAAAGAAAAGAUCGUAGUUUUCUUCAGUUCGUCGACGACGUUGCUUACGAGGUCGAUGACGAUGACGAAGAAGACGACGAUUUCGACUUUAGUGACUCUGAUUUUUUCGACGAAGAUUUGCUUGAAGAAGAAUUUGGAAGUAAUGUUGAAAUCAAGAAUGAACCUGUGAGAACACCCCAACCCCCAGUGAUCAAAGAGGAGGAGAUGGAUGGAGAAGAGCUAGAGCGAAUGUUAAGGGAGCGUUAUAAACCAGGUUCUAGUUUUGUUACCUAUGCAGAAGAUAAUGAUGAGAGGAAGAAACAAUCUGAGCAGGACACACUUGUGCCUUCUCUCAAGGAUCCAACUAUAUGGAAAGUUAAAUGCACGGUUGGAAGAGAAAGGCACUCAGCUUUUUGUCUUAUGCAGAAGUACAUAGACUUGCUUGCUUUAGGAACAAAGCUGCAGAUAAUAUCCGCUUUUGCACUUGAUCAUGUGAAGGGAUAUAUUUAUAUUGAGUCUGACAAACAAUGUGAUGUUUACGAGGCAUGUAAAGGCCUUUGUAGUAUAUAUUCAACUAGAGUGGCACCCGUUCCACUGAAUGAAGUUUCUCAUCUGAUUGCUGUCCGGAAGAAGUGUUCUGGGAUUUCUGAGGGCAUGUGGGCACGUGUCAAAAGUGGAAUAUACAAGGGUGAUCUAGCACAGGUUGUGGCAGUGAAUGAUACACGGAAGAAAGUGACGGUGAAGCUGAUUCCAAGAGUAGACUUACAAGCCAUUGCCGACAAAUUUGGUGGAGGAGUUGCUGCCAAGAAGGGAGUUAUUCCAGCACCAAGACUAAUUAGCUCUACAGAGCUCGAAGACUUUCGGCCUCUCAUCCAAUACCGUAAGGAUCGGGAUACAAACCUAAUGUUUGAAAUUCUUGAUGGAAAGAUGCUGAAGGAUGGUUAUCUAUACAAAAAAGUGGGGACUGAUUCAUUGAGCUAUUGGGGUGUAAUGCCUACUGAAGCUGAACUCCUUAAGUUUGAACCUUCUACUAAUGAUGAACCCCAGGAUGUAGACUGGCUUACCCAGCUUUACGGUGAUCGGAAGAAAAAAAGAAUCACAAAUGAUUUUAAGGUUGGUCAGAAAGGAGGUGAGAAAGGAGAGAGUUCUUCAAGCUCUAGCAUGGAAAACAAUUUUGAAGUAGAUGAUCUUGUAUUUUUUGGUAGGAAUGAUUUUGGCAUUAUUAUUGGCAAGGAGAAAGAUGAUAGCUUUAAGAUCAUGAAAUAUGGAUCAGAGAGACCUGUGGUAGUGAGCAUUCAACUGCGUGAGUUGAAGCGUGCAUCUUUUGAUAAGAAGCUAUUCACUGUGAAAGACCAGCUAACUAAUGCCAUUUCAAUCGGUGAUGUGGUUAGAGUUUUAGAUGGUUCCUUGAAGGAUAGACGAGGAACUGUGAAGCAGAUUUACAAAGGUGUCGUCUUUCUAUAUGACCAAAGUGAACAGGAAAAUAAUGGUUAUCUCUGUGUCAAAGGUCAGAUGUGUGAAAGAAUUACAAGCAGUGGUGGUAUAUUGAACGAGAAGGGAAGUGAGCCUGGUCCCUCAGGUUUUGCAGAUUUCUCAUCAUCCCCUAAAUCCCCUCUUUCGCCUGAGAAAUCUUGGAGAGUGAAGGAUGAUGAUAGCAGCUUCAAGCGCGGGGAUAACAAUGAAAUGUUUUCAGUUGGGCAGUCACUGAGAAUCCGAGUGGGGCCUUUGAAGGGAUAUCUUUGUCGUGUAAUAGCCAUACGACGUUCUGAUGUUACAGUAAAGCUUGAUUCCCAGCAAAAAAUUCUUACAGUCAAAUCUGAACAUCUUGCGGAAGUUCAUGCAAAGAGUUCCGUCGUGUCUCUUGGGGUCGAUGGUGAUUCAUCAAAACCUUUUGACCUGCUUGGAACACAGGAUGAUUCUGACGAUUGGAUGGUUAAAGGGGCUACAGCCACUGAGGGUAACACUGGGAAUGCAUCAUGGGGUGCAUCUGGAGGUAGUGAUAGAACUGUUGCUGACUCUGGGCAAGAUGAUGGUUGGGGGAAAGCUACUUCUACUGCUGGUGCCACUAGUGGCGCAUCUGAUGGCUGGGGCAAAAAGGUUGAAUCACAUCAAGAGGGCACCGAGAAGAUUACGGAUAAUUCCUGGGGCAGAUCUGUGCAAAAAAAAGGGAAUAAUGAUGAUUCUGGCAAAACCUCAUGGGGCAAGCAGGAUGGUGGACCUUCUUGGGGUAAGCAAUCUGAUGCAAAUGCAGAGACUGACUGGAAAAAACAAGCUGGUGGAUCGGACAAGACAGAAAGCAAAACCUCGUGGAGUCAGCAGGGUGCCGGAUCUUCUUGGAAUAAAAGUGAUGAUGGAUCGUCUUGGAGUAAGCAAGCAGGUGGAUCUUCUUGGGGUAAGCAAUCUGAUGCAAAUGCAGAAACUGGAUGGGAAAAGCAAGAUGGUGGAUCAAAUAAGACAGAUAGUAAAACCUCAUGGAGUCAGCAGGAUGCUGGAUCUUCUUGGAAGAAGAGUGAAGGUGAAGGUGGAUCCUCUUGGGGGGGUAAGCAAUCUGAUGCAAAGGCAGAGAAUGACUGGAAAAAGCAAGAUGGUGGAUCUAGCUGGAGUAAGCCAGACAGCAAAACCUCUUUUGGCCAGCAGGGCUCUGGAUCUUCUUGGAAUAAAAGCAAUGGUGGAUCUUCUUGGGGUAAGAAAUCUGAUGCAAAUGCAGAGACUGUCGCGGAAAAACAAGAUGGUGGAUCUAGUUGGAGCAAGGCUGACGAUAGCAAAACCUCUUGGAGCAAGCAGGAUGAUGGAUCUUCAUGGAACAAAAAGGAUGAUGGAUCUUUCACCAAGCCAGCUGGAGGUACUUCAUGGGACAAAGGAAGUGGUGGAUCUGCUUGGAAUAAGAAGGAAGCUGGAUCUGGCGGGGGCGAAGAUACCAGAUCUACUUGGGGCAAACAGGAUGGUGGGUCUUCUUGGGGUAAAGAAGCUGCAGGGGGUUCAUCUUGGGGUCGGACGGUGGAUCAAACCACUGAGGAGUCAAAAAGGUCUGAUCAAAAUGAAAGUUGGAAAAAAACAAGUGGUACAUUUGGUGCUUGGAAAGAAGGUGAGAGUGGGAAUAAUGGUGGUACGGACCAAGAAGGGAGCUGGGGAAAGCCAAGAGAAUUUGAUGGAGGUCGUGGAUCAGGUGGCAGGAGAGGACGAGGUGGUUGGCGAGGAGGACGAGAUCAAGGUGGUAGAGGAAGAUCCUUUAGUCAAGGACAGUCUAGUAGCUGGACUACUGAUGGUGAAGAUAAUAAUAAUAAUAAUAAUCAAUCGUCUGAUUUCCAGAGAGCUGGUGGUUGGAAUGCUUCCAAACCAUCAAAUGAUGGAUGGUCUUCUAGUUGGAAUAAAAAUUCAGACACAAAGGAGAUAGGAGGUUCUAGCGGAAACCAGUCAGAUUGGGACAAAAAAUCUGGUGAAGUGGGUGGAGCUGCUGGUUGGGACAACAAGAUUACCCAGAAAGAGUCAGAAGGGAACAACUCUGCGUGGAAUAGCAAGUCUACAGUCGAACAAGAUGGAAAUGGAAACAAUCAAAAUGAUCCAUGGAGUGUUAAAAAAACUUCUGAUGGUGGUCCAUCUACAGGGUGGAGUAAAAGUAAUUCGUGGAAGAGUGGAACAAAUGAUGCUGGUGGAACUCAAGAUUCUUGGAGCAGCAAAAGUAACUGGAAUUCCGGAAGUGGCUUCGGUGGCAACAACCAGCAAUCUGAUUCUUACAGUGACAGGGGAAGAGGUGGUAGUUGGAGGGGAGGCCGUGGUGGAUCAGAUGGGGGUGGAUAUGGGGGUAGGGGUGGUUCAGACGGUGGUGGCUUUGGAGGCAGGGGUGGUUCAGAUGGUGGUGGCUUUGGAGGCCGGGGAGGUUUUCGAGGUAGAGGAGACAGAGGAGGUUUUAGAGGUAGAGGAUCAGAUGGGGGAGGAUUUCGUGGUAGAGGGCGUGGAAGGAGGGAUGAAAGUGGUGAGUGGCAGAAUAGAAAUGAUUUGCAGGAAGAUAAACCCUACAGUUGGAGCAAAGGCUCAGGCAGUGAUGAUGCUGAGGGAUGGAAAUCUAAUAAGAGCAGUUGGAGCCAAGAUAACAAUAACAAAGGCAGCUGGAAGAGUGCUGAUAGUAGAGGUAAUGCUGAUGAUGGUGGAUGGAAGAAAUUCGACUCUGAAAAGAAUGCGAGUGGAAGUGGUGCUAGUACCACCAGUUGGAGUAGUCAAGGAAAUAGUUGGAAAACAUCAACUACUACUACAGGAGGUAAUGCCGAUGAUGGUGGAUGGAAGAAAGGAUUCGACUCCGAAAAGAAUGCAAGUGGAAGUGGUGGCAGUUGGAAGACUGAAGGAAAUAGUUGGAAAACAUCUACUGCUACUACGGGAGGUACAUCGGCAGGGUGGGGUCAGCCGGCAACUGUUAGUGAAACGGAGGAUCAGAAUGGCAAGGGAACAAGUUGGAACCAGGGAACUGGUUCAGGAAACGCGAGCACAGCUUGGACUGCAAACAAAUCCAAUACUGACAAUGUGAACAAGUCAAAAGAAGCGAGCAACGGACCGAGUGAUGCGUGGGGUAAAUCAACCAGCUCUUGGGGCAAAGGAAACAGCUCUGGCAGCCAGGGAGGCUGGUGAUAGCUUUGGAUGAUUAUUUUGCUACGGAAGGUCUAUUGGGCAUCCAUGUAAUUAUGGUUUGUAAAAAGAACAAAGGAUGAACUAGGCCUCGGGGAAGCAUGAAUUGGGACUAGAUCAGUAUCUAAAGUUAUUACUCUUGAAUUGCAGGACAUUGACUUUUGGAAUGCUGGAUGUUUGAUAAGACUUUCUUCAUUUUCAAUUUCGAGACUGAUAUAACUGCGGUGCUUGCUUUUGCGAUGACUUUAACAUGUAGCCUUUGGCAUGGAUUGUGUUUGGUCAAAUUACCUUUCUUGUCCA